AUGGCCCCACAGGCAUUUUGUUGCGAUCAGAUCAGAUCUUCAACUUUCGAAAAUGACGAGUACCGACUCGGACUCUUCUUCUACUGGGCAAAAGCAGGGAACAAGAGACCGCCAGACAAAAAUGAAAACCCAGGACUGAAUGUCCCGUUCUGCGUCCAAGUGUCUCAACACCCCAAGUCAACCCGGCUCUUUGUGCCUACCAGCUGGGGCGAAUUCACUGAGAUUGAUCGGAAACUGCUCGCAACGCCAUGGGUGUUGCAUGGACUGUCACAGUAUAAGUGCAGGGUUCAUCGCAAGGCCUACCAGGUUACACUUUACGAAAGAAGGGUUGAAUCGUCAACUCUGUCUCCGACAACGCCUACAAGUCCCAAUACGAAAGUCUCGGAUCAAUAUGGCCUUGGAAACCCUUCCUCUUCGGCAACAAUCAAAGAACCGACCAACAUGGCGGGAGAACCAGACGCUUCAGCAAAUUCACCAACUGCAAACGAUUAUACAGAGACCCUAGUUGGUAUGGACACCAAGUAUAAUUUGGAGAAUAUAUGUUUGUUGGCGAAUAUGCCAGCAGGUCAAUGUGUCCUUGACAUGAUUAAGUGGGCAAGAAAAAUGGUACCACUUACUAGGGUCUCCCUUCUCACCGAAGCCGAGAUUCUGAAAAGGUAUUUGGUGCAUGAUCUACGCAAGUUGACAGAAUCUAUCGAAGAAAAUACCUUCUUAUGGAUGCUACUGUCCACAUCAUAUCCAGCUUUCAAGUUCUUGAUGGACAGCAGCCCUUCAAACGUCUAUACCAGAGAGGACAGAGCGAAGAUACUCGAAGCCACUGCGGCCGCUGUUACUGAGAUGUAUUGCCUCAUCAUUGGUCAGCAUGGGAGACAACAUAGAAACCCAGACUAUAUCGAUGUUUUUGGAGAGAUUUGUCGACAACAUCCGGAUGAUGGAUAUCUGACUUCACUGGCGAAUCGUGCCAUUGAGCGCCUGUCGCAGAUUAUUCAAACAGAAGAGGAAGAGCAGAAUAAGGCAGGACUAGCUGAGAGGGAGGCGUGUUGUCCACCAGCCAACGAAGAUGAUACAUAUGAUCACUGUGAUUUGUCUAUUUCGGACCAGGAAAGCUGA